GCGGAGACCAUUUCCUCUCGGGAAGCAGAAGGCCCCUCUCUCUUGUUGCCUUGCCACACAUACACACUCAUUUAUACAAAUAAACACACAUGAUCGACAGGGCGCAAAGUAACGUCAAGUCCACGCAGCGUUUUUGGGAUUGUCGACAAUUCAAGCCGCAGCAGCCGAUCCUGGAUGCUCCCCGCCGCAGUCACCCCCAUGGACCACCGUCGCUAGUUUGUCGCAGCCCGCUUGGUCGACGCUUUUUCUCGGGCUCUGAUGGUACCAGGUAAACAGUGAGCGCUACCUGCCCGAGGACACCUGCUGCCCACUUCCUCUCAUCAUGUCUGGGAGUCACGCGCCGUGGUCGACGGGCACCGAAUGCGUCGCCAAGUACAACUUCCAGACGGCCAACGAACAGGACCUGCCCUUCUGCAAAGGAGACGUGUUGACCAUCAUCGGAGUCACCAGGGAUCCUAAUUGGUACAAAGCGAGGAACGUCGUGGGCAGAGAGGGAACCAUUCCAGCAAACUAUGUCCAGAAGAGAGAAGGAGUCAAAUCAGGAGGGAAGCUCAGUCUCAUGCCUUGGUUCCACGGGAAGAUCACCCGCGAGCAAGCCGAGCGGCUGCUCUACCCUCCCGAGACGGGCCUAUUUCUGGUACGCGAGAGCACCAACUACCCGGGCGACUACACGCUGUGCGUCAGCUGCGACGGCAAGGUGGAGCACUACCGCAUCAUCUACCACAACGGCAAGCUCUCCAUCGACGAGGAGGAAUUUUUCGACAACCUCAUGCAGCUGGUGGAGCACUACACCAAAGAUGCCGACGGCCUGUGCACCAGCCUCAUCAAGCCAAAAUUGAUGGAGGGCACGGUGGCGGCGCAGGAUGAGUUCUCCAGGAGUGGCUGGGCCCUGAACAGGAAGGAGCUGAAACUCCUGCAGACCAUCGGAAAGGGAGAGUUUGGAGAUGUAAUGGUGGGCGACUACAGAGGGAACAAAGUGGCGGUGAAGUGUAUCAAAAACGACGCCACGGCGCAGGCUUUCAUCGCCGAGGCCUCAGUCAUGACGCAACUGAGACACAACAACCUGGUGCAGUUGCUGGGCGUCAUCGUGGAAGACAGGGGAACGCUCUACAUCGUCACAGAGUACAUGGCCAAGGGCAGUCUGGUGGACUACCUGCGCUCCCGAGGACGGACUGUGCUCGGCGGUGACUGCUUACUCAAGUUCUCACUCGACGUGUGCGAGGCGAUGGAGUACCUGGAAGCCAACAACUUUGUCCACCGAGACCUGGCGGCCCGCAACGUGCUGGUGUCGGACGACAACAUCGCUAAGGUCAGCGAUUUUGGCCUGACCAAGGAGGCCUCCUCUAUACAGGACACCGCCAAGCUCCCCGUCAAGUGGACCUCACCUGAAGCUCUGAGGGAGAAGAGGUUUUCCACCAAGUCAGAUGUCUGGAGUUAUGGGAUCCUCCUCUGGGAGAUCUACUCCUUCGGCCGUGUGCCUUACCCUCGAAUUCCGCUGAAAGAGGUGGUGCCCCGCGUGGAGAAGGGCUACAAGAUGGACGCCCCCGACGGCUGCCCGCCGGUGGUGUACGACCUGAUGAAGCAGUGCUGGACCCUGGACGCGACGGUGCGGCCGUCCUUCCGCAUGCUGAGGGAGAAGCUGCAGCAUAUCCGAGCCAAGGAGCUCUACCUGUGAAGCGGCGGGUGGGUGAUGACGAUAGGGGUGGGGAGUUUAGGAAGGGGGGAUUAAAAACCAAGGGACCACAGCGAACUUUUCUCCCCCCACCCCACCCCUGGAUACCCGCCAGCUUCCCUUAAAGGACCCACUUCCUGUUGGUGUUGUAAAGCUUUUGCCCAAUUGGCCGCUCUUUUCUUUCUUCUUGCUCCUCCUCUUCCUCUCCACCUCUGUUGAACACGGCAUUAAGUGGAGGGGAGGCUGGCCUUUUCCCUCCACCUUUGUCAGGUGCUCGCUCAACCCCCCCUCCCCCCAUCCCACCUUGCAUGUCCCACUGCCGCCUCAGUCGCUCGCCCUCCUCCCUCUGCUGGCCGUGGUGUCAGGUGUGGGGCCUUCGCUCUGUGCCAAAGUGCCUCCAGUCCUCCAGAGCUCCACAAAAACGCCGCCACUGUCUUUUAUUUGAAAUUGCCCUUUUUUUCAGGGAGGUUAUCAAACCAGUUUUCUAGUGCCGUAUCUCUUUUAUCCCAGUUUUUUUUUUUUUUCUUCCCUCUGCAUUUUGAAGCAUUUUUUUGGGGGUCCAGGAGCCAUGAGUGGCGGAAAUGGAGGAGCAGACGGGACGAGGACUUGGAGCAGCCUCUGAACGGUUCAUCAUACGUGGGCUUGUUUUUUUUUUAUAUCAAAUAUAUUUAAAGGAUUAAAAAAAAAAAAGACUGACUGGGACAGAAUUUAAGAAAAUAAAGGCGGACGGGGGCAGUUGGGGGACGGUGGUGCAUGAUGUGUGCGAGCGUGCGUGUGAGAGUUAGUGUGCGUGUGCGAGAGGCCUUCGGUUCAACUGUCAGUGCUUUCAAUGUUCAUUGUUUUAUUAUGCUAUCAUGAAUAAAUCAUUCCAUCUGAGUAGACAUGUGAAA